AGGAGGAAUCGCGAGCGCGCGAGGCAAAACUUAAAUAGAAAAUAUUUUGUUGGAAUUAAAUAUGAGUAGUCUGUUGAAGCAUCUUGUCUUGCAAAAAAUUCGAGUGCGUUUUAAAUAGUGUUCAUCAGUAACACUUUUGAAAACCGACAAUCAUCAUAUCUUGCCCUGACUGAACAAUGUCUCCCAAAUGUUGGUUGUUCACUUGUUUAGAAUUAUAAUUUAUAUCGUGAGCAUUGUCGUAUAUUGCAUAAGUAACGUACAUUAAAGAAGUGAUCUUCGUGAUGAUGUAUUAACUAGAUGCAUGUAAGUAUGAACGUUGCGGGAGUAAUCGAGCCCAAAGGCAGGCGUGAUAAACACAGUGAGUAUGGUGGCAACUCCCUCACUAGAGCUGAGUGCUGGAUGAUCUCAGCGACGUCCGCAUUCAGUACGCCCCUUCUAUAAUAACCUCGGGCCUGGAGGACGCUCGGUUCGAAUUCGUGAGAGCGCUGAUUUCGGUUUCCAAGAGGCGAGGCGAUAAAAGCGACGUCUUGAGAUGGCGGAAACUGCUCCUGCUCAACCACCAGCUGCGGCUACUUCAGCGCCUAAAAGCCCCAAGAAGAAGCGCGCCGCUCCAAAGGCCAAGAAGGUCGGCCCCAGCGUGUCCGAGCUCAUCCUCAAGGCUCUGGCCAGCAGCAAGGAGAGGAACGGCGUGUCUCUUCCUGCGCUCAAAAAGUCGCUUGCUGCCGGAGGAUACGACGUGGAGAAGAACAAUGCCCGCGUGAAGUUGGCCAUCAAGAAGCUCGUGGCCAAAGACGCCGUGGCGCAAGUGAAGGGCAGCGGCGCGUCUGGCUCUUUCAAACUCAACAAGGAAAAGGCUGCCGCAAAGGCGAAGCCCAAGUCGUCAACGGCAAAGCCCGCAGCUAAAAAGCCCGCGGCAGCCAAGAAGGUGAAGAAGCCCGCGGCAGCCAAGAAGACCGCGCCCAAGAAGUCUCCCAAGAAAGCAAAGAAGCCCGCGGCUGCCAAGGCGGCCAAGAGCCCCAAAAAGGUGAAGUCGGCUGUUAAGCCCAAGAAGGCGGCGAAGAGCCCAGCCAAGCCCAAGGCUGCGAAGCCCAAGGUCGCUAAGCCCAAGACCGUCAAGGCCAAGGCCGCCAAACCCAAGGUGGCCAAGCCCAAGAAGGCCGCGGCCAAGCCCAAGAAGACUGCGCCAAAGAAGUGAAUCCGAUGGGACGACCGACGCUCGAUUCACUCCACCUCAACGGCUCUUUUCAGAGCCACCCACUUCGUUAAAAAAGUGAACCAGAUGCUGCUGCGCUUCAAUUAGUUCAAAUUAACUGUGUAACAUUUCACCCACUCGAUGUGUUUUAAGCAUUGAUGUGAUGGGAGUGAUCGAGCCCGAAAGCAGGGAUCACAAACACAGGCGAGGCGGGUGGCAGCUCCCUCACUCGAACUGAGUGCAGAGUAAUCUCAGCGACGUCAGCAUUCUCGCUGGCGAUUCUAAUCUAAAUCCAGAUUCAAAAUCGAUGCAUUCUUGACGAACCUCCAAUUUUGAUUAUGUGUUGC